GCAGGUGGCCCUGGGCCGCCGCGCCCACUCCUUGGCUCUGCCCCCUGGAGCUAAGCGAGCCUCUGCUCCCUCUUGGUGCGAGGGCGGUGAUGUUUUUCCUCCCACCCACUUUUGAGUCCCCCCUCCCACCUCGCACGCACUCAAGUUCUCGCCACAACCUGUGAGCCCCAGACCUCGGAGGAGCGCCCCAGGGAGCUCAGAGCGUGUGCAAGCGUGGCAGAAGGAGGAGGCCAGUGCCCAGCUUAAUUCCACCACUUUUUGGAGUUUCUCAAUUGAAUUUUGCAGUAGCUCAAAUGAGAAGAAAGUAGAAGAUGGGAGGCAUGAAAUAUAUCAUUUCCCUGUUUUUCUUCUUUAUUUUCCUAGAAGGAAGCAAAACAGAGCAAGUAAAAUCUCCAGGAUUUGGAAAAGGCAGUAAAGUAAUCGAAUCCAGGGGAGACUCUGGGAAGGGAGCUCAGGAGAACUCAGUGGCAGUCCUUUACAAGACUGAACUGGAGAGAAGACCUUGCGAAUCUUCCAAAGAAGAUUCUUUACCACUGGUGAACAAUAAGGUAGCCAGCAAGUCUUGUGAAUACAAUGGAACCACUUACCAACAUGGAGAACUGUUCAUGGCUGAAGGGCUCUUUCAAAACCGGCAACCCAAUCAGUGCACCCAGUGUAGCUGCUCGGAGGGCAAUGUGUACUGUGGUCUCAAGACUUGCCCCAAACUGACCUGUGCAUUCCCAGUCUCUGUUCCAGAUUCUUGCUGCCGAGUGUGCAGAGGGGAUGGAGAAUUGUCGUGGGAACAUUCUGAUGGUGAUAUCUUCCGGCAACCUGCCAACAGAGAAGCAAGACAUUCUUACCUCCGAUCUCCCUAUGAUCCUCCACCAAGCAGACAAGCUGGAGGUCCUCCCCGCUUUCCUGGGGGCAGAAGUCACCGCGGAACUCUUAUGGAUUCCCAGCAAGCAUCAGGGACCAUUGUGCAGAUUGUCAUCAAUAACAAGCACAAUCAUGGACAAGUGUGUGUUUCCAAUGGAAAGACCUAUUCUCAUGGAGAGUCCUGGCACCCAAAUCUACGAGCAUUUGGCAUUGUGGAAUGUGUACUAUGCACUUGUAAUGUCACCAAGCAAGAGUGUAAGAAAAUCCACUGCCCCAAUCGAUACCCCUGCAAGUAUCCUCAAAAAAUAGAUGGAAAGUGCUGCAAGGUGUGUCCUGAAGAACCUCCAAGUCAAAACUUUACUUGUGGAGGUUACUUUUGUGGAGAAGAAACCAUGCUUAUAUAUGAAUCUGUGCUCAUGGAGGAUGAAGAGACAAUCAGAACAAUAGCACUGGAGACAGAAAUACCACCUGAAGUAGAGGUCCACAUUUGAACUAUUCGAAAGGGUAUUCUCCAGCACUUCCAUAUUGAGAAAAUCUCCAAGAGGAUAUUUGGGGAGCUCCAUCAUUUCAAGCUGGUGACUCGGACCACCUUGAACCGGUAGAAGAUCUUCACUGUAGAAGAAGUGCAGCUCAGUCACAUGUGUUUAAGUCGGAUGUACAGAACAGAACUGGAAGAUUUGGUUCGUUUGUACCUGGAGAGACCUGAAAAGGGCCACUGUAGACAAAACAGCCAGGACUGGAUAAUAUCAAUCAAAGAAACUCAAGUUGCAGCUGGACUGCCAGCUUGCUUUGCUUAA